ACGUUUGCUCAGUGUUUUCAUCAAACGUAUUUUUGGCACCGCCAAAAACUUAAAUUUGUAAAAAAUAAUGUAAAAAUGGGUUUACGUAAACUUAUUUUGGUUUCUUCAAUCAUUUUGUUGCUUAACGUUCCUCAUAUAGCUUCGGACCCAAUACGAGACUUGGCUCUUCUUAAACAUGUGACCGAAACCCCGAUAAAUGUGCUAGUCCGUGUUUUUGCCCCUUUGUUAAUCCCAUUUUUGCUACUGGGUUUGACCGCAAUUGGGCCCCUUGGCGUGAUAGUUCUAACAGUUGUGAAUUUCUUUGCUCCGUUUUUGACACCAUACGUGCCCGUAAUAAGAGACGUUUUGAAAAAAAUAGUGCAGAGUAUUGACCCGGUCCUUGCUCAAUUGGUAAAUAUCGGGAAUCUUCCGUUUGAAGCUGGCCCGAAAAUCGUCAAACUUUUACCGUUUGUGCUACCACUUACCAUUCUUUUGCCGGCGUUUGGACCAAUAGGCUUUGGAAUUUUAUGGCAGUUGUUGGUGAAAAAUGGAAUUAUACAACACUUGUUAGGUAACAAUUUGUCAUUACCCACUUUGGCGCUCAGUUUGAUCAUUUUAACGUUCUUGAAACAUUUACUACCGAACUUUUUGCCCAAUGUUGGGCAGUUUAUUAGGACUGUGUUAGGGAUUUACGCUUUGUUACCCGACUUUGUAACUCCUGAUCCCAUCACGACCACUGCGAUUUUCGGAAUUUCGCUAGUCCUAACACCUGUUAUUACCCUGCUUAGGAGUGCGUUAGCACCUGGUGGAGGGUUCUUGAAUCUUUUAUUCCACCUUACACCUAUUCCGUUCCUACUUCUACCACAGUUCCUUCCCCAAUUGAUUACAGCACUAGGUCCCCUAGUACCUAUAGCACUCACACCGAUCCUUAUAAUAGUUUUUGGACCUCUCCUUUUACUAAUGGGACCAAUUUUACUUCCUGCCCUUUUACCAUUCUUACCAGGGGCUUUAAAACCACUAUUGCUACCCUUAUUGCCCUUAUUACAACCGAUUUUAGCCCCACUUUUGCCCUUAAUAGCCCCACUUUUGACACUUUUAAACCCAAUUUUACCAAUCCUGGCACCACUUUUACUAAUCGGCCCUCUUUUAUUACCACUUUUCGGCCUUUUGGGGCCUUUGUUACCCCUAUUUUUGGCACCACUUUUGCUAAUUAUCGGCCCAAUUUUGGGACCAUUGCUUGGACCACUCUUUGCUCCUUUGUUAGCUCCUUUGGCCCCACUUUUGGGACUACUGAAACCCCACUUCGCUCCUUUAAUGGCAGCUUUAGGUCCCAUUGCGCCUUUGGUACACAAACUUGGGCCCUUUUUGCCCAUUUUGGGCAUUUUGGGCCCAUUACUAGGGCUAUUAGGACCCGUGGCACCGCUUUUACUUACCUUCCUUGGGCCAAUUCUAGCACCAGUACUAGGGCCAAUUGCACCAAUUUUGGGCCUGGCAGGCCCACUUUUGGCGGUUGUGGGGCCUCUCCUUUCGACAGUAUUAGGUGGUUUAGGGCCUAUUUUGCCCAUGAUUUUGUCCCUUCUUGGUCCACUUUUAGGGCCAUUGUUGGGUCCCCUAGCCCCAAUUUUUGGACUUUUGGGGCCAUUUUUCCUACUUUUGGGCCCACUUCUUGGCCCGAUAGCUCCACUAAUUGCCCCUGUUUUGAUGUUAAUUGGGCCGGUACUAGGGCCAUUAGCACCAGUUUUGGGUCCAAUUUUGGGACUUUUGGGACCUGUUCUAGGUCCACUUCUGGCUAUUUUAGGACCAAUUGUACCACUUUUACUCCCACUUCUUGGAACGUUACUAGGGCCUAUAUUGGGCGGAGUUGGGCCCAUUUUGGGACCGAUUUUCCUAAUAUUAGGGCCAAUUCUUUUGGGGUUGUUAGGACCAAUUUUGGGUUUGUUGGGACCAAUGUUGGGAGGUCUUUUGGGACCUAUUUUGGGGCUGCUAGCCCCAGUAUUGGGGCCAGUUUUGAGCUUAUUGGGCCCAAUAUUAGGCCCGGUUCUUGGCAUUUUGAAACCGUUUUAAGUGGGUAAUUUAAAAUUGUUACUUUUAGUUAGAGAUAGUCUUGUAUUGUAAUUACGUGAGCAAUAAAAAUGUUGAAGAAA